AAAUUUCACCAAAAAAUGGGUGAUUUUGGAUAUGGUGGUUAUGGAGGUGGAGGCUAUGGAGGAGGAGGUGGUGGUGGAUACGGUGGCGGAGGAUAUGGUGGGGGUGACGGCGGGUAUGGAGGUGGCGGUGGCUACAGGGGUGGUGGAGGAGGAGGAGGAGGUCGGUUUGGUGGAGGUGGUGGGUAUGGCCGCGGUGCCAGGGCUCGAGGCGGGAGUCGGAGUGGGCGGCGACCCGACAUGGAGCUGGACCCUGAACACGAGCAGUUCCGAAAACUCUUCAUUGGUGGCCUCAGCUACGACACCUCCAACGAGACGUUGAAACAGUACUUCGAACAGUGGGGAGUCGUCGUCGACUGUGUUGUUAUGAAGGACCCAAACACAAAGAGGUCGAGAGGGUUUGGUUUUAUCACGUAUCAGACAUCAGCCGAGGUGGAUGAGGCUCAGAACAACCGACCCCACACGAUAGACGAGCGGGAGGUGGAAACCAAAAGGGCCAUGCCGAGAGAGGAGUCUGGAGGUGGCCAGUCCCAGAAAUCUGUCACAAAGAUGUUUAUUGGUGGAAUUAAGGGGGAGAUAACUGACGAGCAGAUCAAGGAAGUAUUUGAACCGUUUGGGGUUGUACAGAAUGUUGAUUUGAUCAAAGAUAAAGUGACCGGCAAUCUACGAGGGUUUGGCUUCGUCACGUUUGAAGACUACGAUUCUGUCGACAAGGCUGUUUUAAAAAAAUAUCAUGAAGUAAAUGGAUUUAAACUUGAAGUGAAGAAGGCAGAGUCUAAAGAUUCGGAUGGAGGAAGAGGAGGACGCAGGGGCGGAAGAGGAGGAGGUCGAGGUUACGAUAAUCAAGGAGGUGGGGGUUGGGGCGGAGACUUUGGCUCCAACUAUGGAAACAGUUAUGGAGGUGGACCGCAGAAGCAGAGUGGUGGCUACUCUUACCGGAGCCAGGGGCCUUAUGGGGGAGGAGACUAUAAUGCUGGUUAUGGAGGUGGAUACUAGUAUGUUCUUGUUUUUACAUGGGUCCGUGACAGAUUAGCAUUCAACAGAUCAUCAUAAAAAAAAAGCAUUGAAGUAGAAAGAUCAUCUAACAAUUUAUUAGGCAGAUCAUGGCAAUACCACAGAAAUAGGCAGAUCAUCAAAACAAAACAAUUCUGAAGUAGACAUCCAGAUCAUCCCCCACAAAUGUGAAGUAGACGUGCAGAUCAUAAAAAGAGUUGAAUUUGUGCAGCUAGGAAUAUCGCAGAAGUAGGCAGUUCACAACAGAAGUAGGCAGUUCAUCGUUCAAAUUUUGACGUAGGGACUUCGCAACAGGAGUAGGCAGUUCGUCAUCUAAAUUUUGACGUAGGGACUUCACAACAGGAGUAGGCAGAUCACCACAAAACCCAUGGCUUUAGGCAGCUGAUGGCAGAUUAGGAAAUAUUUGUAGGCAGCUCACCUCUCAAAAGAAAUGAAACUUCUAAAAAUGUUGCUGCUGUUGGACAGUUGACGAAACCUAUACAGAAGUAGCCUGAUCGUUGUAAACUGUUUGAGGAUCAUCCAAGCUCAGUACGUAAGAUAUAUGUGGAAGUGCAAACGUAGCUCAUGUGUUGCGAGCCUCAUUCUCUUCGUGGCAAAAAAAAACGGACUUCGAAAAUAAUGUACAUAAAAGUUGAUCAGUCUCUUUUUUGUUUUUAAUAACGGUCAACUCCAAUAUUUGGUAGGAUCUGCACAUUUUAUUUAAAAAUUGCAUUCCAUCUCUGAAGCAUAUUAAUAUUUUUAUGCAAGAUGGGUUUUAUAUUUUACUUUUUAUUGCAUUAAUUCUGUUGGUGAAAUGAAAAAUAAACUACAAUUUUAUCAUAAA